CAUAGAGAAAGUAUUAGGGAGAUAUAUUCCAAAACAACUCCCAGAUCUUGACAUUAGUGCCAUUUUCCUAACAAAAGAGUGGAAAAUAUUUCCGAAUUGAUGAAAAGAACCUGCAUAUCAUCAGCAGAACUUCAGAAAUGUCACGUUUAAGGGCAGGCCUUGAUCAGCAGAUCACCAUCUUCUCGCCAUCGGGGGAUUUACAUCAGAUCGACUAUGCCAGGAAAGCGGCAGCCUUGGAGAACACCACAGUGGCGCUGAAGACCAAAAACGCAGCAGUUCUGGCCACCCAGAAGCGGAUUACCGACAAAACCAUCGUGCCCCGGUCGGUGAAGCAUUUGUUUCGCAUCACCCCAAAGAUUGGCUGCGGCAUGACAGGCCGCAUCGGCGACUCCCACUUUCAGGUGCGGCGGUCCCGCAACGAGGCCAGCAAAUUCAGAUACACCUGCGGCUACGAUGUCACAGCCAAGGCGCUGUGCGAACGCAUGGCGGACAUCAAUCAGGUGUACUCGCAGCAUCCCGAAAUCCGUCCGCUCGGCUGCAGCAUGAUUCUGAUCGAGUACGACGAAAAGCUAGGCCCCACGCUCCACAUGACGGAUCCCGGGGCCGACUGCAACAGCUACAAGGGCUGUGGCCUGGGUCCACAGGCUGACCAGGCGGAGGCGUUCUUGGCGGCCCACUUGAAGGGGGUUACCCGUAAUAUGUCCGAGGAGAAGGCCAUACAGCUGGCCCUCGAAUGCCUGGGCACUGUCUUGGAUAUUCGCUUCGAGCCGCUGCACUUGGAGGUGGGCAUUGUGAGCAAGGCUCAUCCAGAGUUUCGGAUGCUGGACGAAAUGGAGAUUGCAGAGCAGCUGAAUAAUAUGCUAAGAUCUUCACAAGGCUCUUAAGAAACCCCGCACCCAAAGACAUUACUACAUUAGACAUUACUUCUACUCUACAUAAGACAUAGCUUCUACAUGUAGUAGACUCAAGCAAAAGCUCUCUGGAGAGCGCGACUCCAGCAUAAGGCUUGAAGGGCCAAACGAGAGCCUUUAUAUUUGUAUUUUCUUUUGUAAAGCCAAUAUCCUUGUUGGAAAGACAGUCCCACUCAACCGAGGGGCUCUACCGCAUGACUAGUGUCGGAUGUCGGAUCUACAUACAUUACCUAUCGAAAAUGAUCGAAAAACAUAUAAAUUACAAUCGUAUCGCAUCUUUUGGGUUCGCAGUUUCCAAGGGGCCAUUCCCAGCCAUCAACCGAGGGGCUCUACUGCAUGACGCCUGUAAGGAUGAGCCGUUGCCUUAGUCUCAUGCUUUAUUUCCCCUUAAAUUGCUUUUGUUUAUUAUAUUUAAAGUCUAACCACAAACUUUUCCAACAAAUUUCCACUCAAAUAAGCC